UAGCACAAUAUUAGGUAUUGCAACAAGCCUGAAUGAACUUACUUUUUCAGCGCCAGGGCCGUACAGCUCUCGUAAAAUAGCAACUGUUCUCGUCUUCUUUCCUGCUCCACUUGGCCCGUAAAUUAAUAAAUGUGGGAAUUCAUUUGUAGCUGCCAGAGAAAUUAGUCGCUCGGAUAACUGAUGAUGAUAGUCUAAAGAUGAAAGUGUUUUAGGGCGAUAUUGGUCUAGCCAAAGCAUUUUUAGGAUCACGAAAAGCGAGAACACUUGUUGUUUUCAAGUUGCGUGUGAAGGGCAAGCCUUUCGAACAGGACUGAAUCCUAGCAUAAACUGGAGAAAUUGUAGUGCUUAUUGUAAGGUUUCAAUAUCUUUUAAUUCAUCUUUUUAUUUUUCGAUACUUUUGACUUAAAUUUUCGCAAGCUUGGGCAACGAUUGUAUACAAACCCCCAUUGAUUUAAUUCACUCUGCUCUUGAAGAAAGGCUUAAAAAGGUUUUGGAAGGAGAACUUUUUUCUAUUCAAAGCAAAAGAAAGGUGCACUAGGAAUUGGUCGUUUUGGACCUAUAUAUUGAUUUCAAUGAACAGGCUUGAAAACACCUUUUCUCUGCAAAUGUAAGGCUCGCGAACUCCUUUUACCUUGGUAAUCGAAAUUGUAUGAGAGACAAGUACAUGAUCUGGGGUUUCCUUCCACGACAUGAAUCAAAGCACUGAUUCUAUUCAAGUCCUAUGCCAGAGAGACCAAUUUCGUAAGUAUGUACGGUGAGUUCAUAAACGCUUCAUAUUUUCUUCUCUCCUUUUGGAAAAAAAGGGUGCCCUGUAUAAACGAUGGUAUUGAGCCAAAAAGCUAAGUUUUGUUCGAUUUGAUUUUUUUCAACAAAAUCUAUUUGAAAGCUGAUUCCAAAACACAACAAUUUUAUUUCUAUACUCCGUGUUACUAAACUCUUUUUCCUUUACUUUUGGACGUCUUGACAUAGUGAUCUAUGCAAAACAUGUUUGUUGUUCUGCAAUCCCACAGCACACAUCUUCUUCUUUCGAGAAAUUGAUUUUACUAGGGGAAAUCACCAUGAAAUUGCUUUGUGGAGAUGAAUUAGGUCAAUUAAAAUUAAUUGAAAUAAAAAGGGGAAUUGAUGCUUCUAAUCCAAGUUCUGAAGCUCCUACUAUUCAACGCUUUGGGAAAUUAGAUAAACAGAAGGGAAUUUUAUUCUUCUGCCAGAACGAAAAUUUUGUCUAUGUACUUCGUAAAAGUGCAGCUAUUGAAUGCUGGGACAUAAAGAAGGAGCCUCCUGCUUUAGACAGUCUAUGGCAAUUGGAUGAAAAACUUUUAGAUAAUGCGUCUAUUAUUUCAUUUCAAUACGCUCAUGGAUGGCUUAUGAUUGCUUUCAGUAAUGGAACAAUCGUGUUCCGAAAUCCAGAGUUAGGUCAAGUAAAAAAGAUCCAAGUCGCUUCCCCGUUGUCUUGUGCUACCUUGCAUCCUCGAAUUGCUGGUGUCGUUGCCAUUGGAGGAGAAGAAAACGAUGUUUCUAUAUAUUCCUGCAAUGCUAGUUGCUCCUCGUCCAUUGAUUUGUCGACACUAUGGAAUCAAGACCAGGUUGUCCGUGUUUUUCAAGCGAAAAAUGUAAAGAAUGAUGCCUUAGAUUUGCGAGUCCGUGUGUGGGUCACAGGCAUUGUUUUUACGGAAGAAGUCCUUAAUGUCAUCGACGGGAAAGAUGAAGACGAUUCUCCUCCAGCUUUUCAUUUUGCUACUAUCACUCAUUAUGGGCAGUUGAGGUUUUAUUAUACGAAACAGGCUCGUCGACCAAUCUUUAGUACUGACAUCUCCACCUCUGAACUCACUCGUAUUGGGCUUUUACCUUCCAUAAACAUGCUGUAUUUUGCAGAUAAACGCGCUCAAGUCUAUGUAUUCGAUCCUAUAAAGAAGAAGGUUGUGGGCCGUUUUCAAGGUAUAAAAGGCUCAGCUUCUUGUCUCCAUAAUCUUGGAGACCUGAUUGCUAUUGUUGGUCUCGACAGACAUCUUCGAAUUUACGAUGUUCAUCGAAAGCCUGUGGCUAAUGCAUACGUAAAAGUAAUGCCUACUAGCAUUUUGCUUCUCGAUGGCCGUGAUGAAGAAGUCAUCAAAGAAGAAGAAGAAAGUCGCGUUGCGAAAGAAGAGGAAGAAGAAAUUUGGCGCAAUAUGGAGCAGUUAAACGACAAGGAAGAAAAGAAGGAUGAAAGAAAGACUAAAAAACAAAAGAGAUCAUGAUCUUGGGUUUUUGGAAGGAAACGGAUUUAAUAAAAUAUAAUGGUUUUGGGACAUUUAUCUCUAUAUAUGCGUAUUAGUAUGUAUGUAUGUAUAACACUUAAACUUUACUACCUUCAUUCGCUUUAAUUCGUGAAUUGUUAUUAACUAAACGUCUAUACAACAAAAAAAACUAGUGCCUUUUUAUCUUUAAUAUUUAUGUAGAAUAAUUUAAACUCAUG